AUGGGUUCAAUUUUCAUCUUUCCCCUGGCUAAUAUAUCAAUAGUACUAGCUUUGCUAACCAUCCUUUGUGAAGCUGAUUUGAUAUCAAAUAUUUGCUCCAAGGCACAAAACCCUUCUUUAUGCAAUAAAACCCUAAAAUCAGACAACCGUUCUCGUACGGCGAAUCUCCGAGGUUUAGGUCAGAUCAUAAUCGAAAAGGCAGAAGCUGCCACUCAAGACACGAUUAAUGUGGCCAAGUCGACCGGCAAAGGGACAGGUGUUGCCGAGUGUGUGGGGCUUUGUGUUGACGCUAUCAAUAAGCUGAAACAGUGCUCCGCUUUGUUGAAGGAUUUCGGAAGAGGGAGCGUGGGCGAUCUGCAGUCGAGAGGGUCGGGGGCGAUGUUUCAUGUGGGCUUGUGCGAUGAUGUGUUCGGCGAGGGUGAGCCGGUUAAGCUCAAGAAAGCCGUGCGCCGAGCGCAGGAUUUCAUUGACAUGCUUCUUGCUGUUGCGAGUAGUUUGUGA